AUGGUCGCUGCCAAUCAUCGGAUACCGAUUCAAAUCGGGUCUAAUUCACGAGGCUUUCGUGGACUUGGCGAGGAAGCUGUUUGUGUCUGUUUUAUUUUUAACCAAAUCUGCUUUAUCUUUCUUAUAGCUUCCAUUGUUUGGAGUAAUGGCAAGCCAUGGGAUGACCAGCGAAAAUUCUCUCUUCCUGCUCUUCGCUCCUUCGGCUUUGGUAAGAAGAGCCUCGUCCCUCAGAUCAACCUUGAGUCUCGUUAUCUGGCUGAUGAAAUCAGGGCUCUCCAUGGUGAACCCACGGAUCUAUCGGCUUUGUUGAAUAAAGCAACUGCUAAUGUCAUUUCACAACUGGUCUUCGGUCGCCGAUAUGAGUACGACGAUCCCGAAUUUAUUGGCGCUCUGGAGGCAUUGGCGGAUGCCUUUGGUCUCGUCUCAGAAACUGAUCCAGUUAUUGUCUUUGAAUCACUUGUUCAUACUCCGUGGUACAAACCCUACCGCGGUUGCAUAUUCAAGCUAAGGGACUUCGUCAUGUCUCAUCUCCACAACCAUCAAGAAACUUUCCAGAAAGAUAAUAUCCGGGACUUUGUUGACGCGUUUCUAGCACACGACAUCUCGAAGGAUUACUCCUUGGACACCUUCUGGAGGAUUGUGUUGGACUUCUUUGCCGCGGGUACUGAAACCACAGCGGUGGUGACUUCAUGGGCGAUACUCUACCUAGCUGUUCACCCAGAUGUUCAGAAGAAGGUACAAGAUGAGUUGGAUGCAGUUGUUGGGCGUGGUCAACAACCAAACACCAGUGACCGCCCAAACCUUCCCUACUGCGACGCCACCCUGAUGGAGAUUAUGCGCAUCCGUCCUGUCCUCCCGGUCUCUCUGCCUCACCUGACAUCUGCAGAUGUCUCCAUUGGACCUUAUACUAUUCCCAAGGGGACCAUCAUUAUUCCUAACCUGUGGGCUGUUCAUCAUGAUCCCAAGGAAUGGUGUGAACCACACCUAUUCAACCCAGACAGAUUUCUCAGUGCUGAUGGUCAAACAGUCGUGAAGAACGAGGCUUGGAUGCCAUUCAGCAUUGGCCGUCGCGAUUGUCUGGGAAUGCAACUUGCCAAGAUGGAAUCAUUUUUGCUCUUCGCCAACCUCUUCCAGCAAUUCGAUUUCAAGCUUCCUCCUGACCAACCAACCCCCAGCAUGCGAGGUCACACCGGGCUGUCUAUGCCUCCAGAAUCCUACCAGAUUUGUGCUAUUGAACGCUGAGUUUUGCCGCUUUCAUGAGUUUUUUCGCUAAAGACUUCGUUAAACUGCUGUAUAAGCGAGUUCGUAAUUAGGAUUUGCGCAUGUGCAGAUAAAGGUCAUUCGUUCGCAAAUUGUAAAACCAUUGAGACGAAUACUCGUAUCGUGCUCAUGAAAGUUAUGUAAUUAGUAUACAUUUAUGUACCGACAGUUCAUUUAUCUGAUACACAGAUGGAAGUAUUCUUCUCAAGAGGGCAAACAAAAGGUAUUCAUGAAGCACCAUCACUUCGGCAGUGAUUAUUCUAAAAUGCACAAGUGACACGUAUCCAUAGUGUAACAGAUCUGUGGAGAUUUGGGGGUCAUGCGUUCCGAAGCUAUUUACGAACUGGUUUAAGUACAUUUUAUGAGAGUUUGUCAAAAAGAAAAAUGGAUUCAUUCCUAUCAUGCCACUGCAGUUUAUUAAAAAAAGUUUUUGUAUAUAAUGCAAUAUAAUGAUUAAGCUUUGUAUGAUCUCUAUCAAUAAUAUGUUGGCUGAUAUAUUUUAUUUGUAAUUAUAGGAAGAGUUUGGCGGUAUAGACACAUCAACUUUUUUCCUAGAUGACACUUAUGUUCUUUCCUGCUAUAACUUCUUCUUUUUUGUUUUCUUUCGUUUCAAUGAUGAUCUGAAAUUUGACUAUUCACCUUAACUUGAAUUGAUUUUUCUUUUGUAAUCACUGGU